AUGUAGACGAAGGCGAAGACGAAGAGGAUUGUUGAUGAGAGAGCACACUCCAGGCUCGAGUGAACCCACUAUAACAGCCAAGUAGAGCGCACAGGUUUUAUUUCCAGGAUGCUUAAGCUGCUCAGCUUUAGAAGUGCCACCGGGAUCUACCCCCUACAGGUCAGUCGAGUACUGCAUCCAGGCUAGGCCGCCAUCCCAUGCAAGCUACUAACCAACCUGGGGAUACAGGGGAUAGUAUAUUUUAUCUUCCAUCCUUUCCUAUGGCCUCUGUUCCGGUCCCGGCUGCUGCCCAUAACACUACUUUCGCUGUUCAUUUACACAAUUCUCUUCGUUUUCACAUAUCUCCCCCAAGUAGCGUUUCUAGCUAUCUUCCAUGGCCCCGGCGCAUGGGUUAACGGGGCAUUCCUUGUCCUGGCAGAAGGAGCCGCGAUAGUAGCGAUGCUAUUUGAGGCGUUCUUUGUGGAUGAGGCGCAGGUUGAUGUCUUUGAUUCGGUUUUACUCCACGAAGCGAUGAAAAGGCCGCUCGAAGAUCCAACGUCGGUGUCUGAUCCGGCCUCAACUACACAGCCUUCUUCCUCCUUCCGGAGACAUAUCAUUUCCCUGAUGUCCGAAUACAGAUCACUAGACCUGUCGAAUUAUACCAAUCCCCUCACUCACAAAAUCGAAGACCCGGCGAAGUGGCUUGGGAAACCUCUACACACGGCCAUAUAUGCUCCAUUCUCGUUCAGGCAGAUAAUAGAACUGAUACUUUUGUUGCCGCUGAAUUUGGUUCCAGCUAUUGGAACCCCGCUCUUCUUAGUCUUGACAGGCUAUCGGGCUGGCCCGUUCCAUCACUGGAGGUAUUUCCAGCUACGCGAUUUUGACAAAAAGGAGAGGAAGGAAUAUAUUCAUAAGAGAAUCCUUAGAUACACCUUGUUUGGCACAGUCGCACUUGUACUGCAACUCGUACCUGGGCUUUCAAUGUUUUUCCUCUUGUCCACUGCUGCAGGCUCAGCACUGUGGGCAAGAGAUAUGGAACGACGGAGAUGGCUCAUGGCCCUAGAUACUGCUAGUGAUAAUGGCCAUCACGAUAGGCCAUCAGAACAAUAUCAUGAUAAUCCGGUAUAG